GUGUGUUGUAUCUGCAUGGACUAUAGAAGGCCGUGGUCCUUGUUUUUCCUUGUGUUCCAAGGUCGAGUGUGAGGCGGAGAAAAACUAUUAAAAUAAUUCUAUAAAUUUUUAUAGAUGUCGGAAUCAGAAAGUAUGAAAACCCUAACUCUCGAAGAAAUAGCCAAACAUAAUGAAAAGAACUCAUUAUGGGUUUUAAUUCAUCACAACGUGUAUGAUGUUAGUAAAUUCAUAGAAGAGCACCCUGGUGGUGAAGAGAUUUUGCUGGAACAAGGAGGAAAAAAUGCAACAGAUGCAUUUGAAGAUGUAGGCCACUCAUCUGAUGCUCGGGAUUUGAUGAAACAGUACAAGAUUGGAGAACUGUGUGAAGAGGAUCAGAAAAAAGUGCCUCAGUUUGGAGAAAAGACACAAUGGGCACAAUCAUCUAGCAGCGAAAGGAGCUCAUGGUUAAGUUGGGUAGUUCCAGUAAGUGUGGCCGUUUUAGUUUCGCUAUUGUACAGAUGGUACAACUUUUCUCAGCACUAGAGUAAUUAAUUUGAAAUAUUCAUUAAACAGGCACAGUUGUUUUUCUUGUAUGGAUUAUAAAAAGGUGGCAUAUAAUAUUGGAUCAAUUUAUAUUUCUUGGGACCUUGAUGUUAACAUUUCCAAAACAAACUGCUGUAUUUAAUAUAGAGACAGAAGUGGUUGUGACUUUAAUCUUUAAAUUGAUGAAGACUGUAUUUUUUCUCUCAGUUGAUAAAGCUAAAUGUUCAGAUUUAAAACUUAAUAACUGUAUGAGUGUUUUAAGUUUCAAUAAAAUGAAGUGUUUUGCUCCAUAUCAAAAUGAUGAUAAAAAUAUUAAUUGCAGUGGUACAUAUUUGUCCGAUAAUUCAUUUUAUGAACAGAACAGUUUGAGCUGAA